GUACCACCAUGUCGACCGCUAUGUCGGCCAUGCACAACGACCAAGCGAAUGCUAUCAUGGCAAGUAGCAAACACUGAACAGCCGAUCAUCCGGGAAUGCAUUGGACCGGUGUGCCGGGCCGGCCGUCAUGAAUCUCCAGGAAAGGAAUGUUGUCGGCGCCCGCCAUACGCCACCUCACCCACUCGUCGCGUCUUCUCACCCCUCACACGUCCCCCAUGGAGGAGACAGCGGCGCCGACGCCGCCAUCCUGGCGCCGGGAGCGACUCCUGCGCAUCGGCAGCAGCUUCACCGUCAACCUCCCCGCCGACGUCGAGCGCGAGCACGCAAGCGCAGGCGCUGACGCCACCCUCCCCUCCACGCCCCCACCCGCGGACACCGAACGCACUCCCCUCCGCCGACCGCCUCCACAGGAGCGCUCGACGUCGUACGGCGCGCUCCCCACGCACACCGUGAGCAGCAUCUCCCGCCUCGGCCGCAGGCGGCACAUCGCGCACAUCACGAUCCCCGGGCGCAAGACCUACUCGACGCCGCCAAGCCCGGACGCGCUGCGCUCCCCCUCGCUCAGCCGCAGCGUGACCGACCGCUUCCGCCGGCUGAGCCAGCGCCCGAUCUCCGCGUACGACGCGCCGCUCGUCAAGGAUCGCGACCACGCGGACGCGGACGCGGACCUGGACGCGAAGAUCAACGGCAUCCGCGUGUGGUACUCGAGCUUCACGAGCAUCGACUGGCUGCACGACGCGAUCAAGGACUCGGUGCGCUUCUCGCGCCUGCGGCGGCGGCACUCGGUGCGCGCGAGGGUGCGGCUCGCGUUCGACAAGAGCCUGGGGUGGAUCAUGGUGACGAUCGUGGGCUUCCUGACCGCGGUCGUCGCGUUCCUCGUCGUGCGCGCGGAGCAGUGGCUAUUUGAUAUCAAGGAGGGGUAUUGUAGCGCGAACUGGACGAAGGCGCAGCGUUUCUGUUGCCCGCCUGUUGAUGAGACUGUAGUCAACCCGCUGGAGGAGGAGGCCUGCCCUGCAUGGCGCACCUGGGAGGACGUGUUCCACGGCUCUGGGGGAACGGGGGAUCUGAUUGAAUACGUGUCCUAUACUAUCGUCGCGCUCUUCCUCGCCUUCCUCUCCUGCAUCCUCACCCUCUAUCUCACCAAGUCCACCACCUUCGUCACCCGCAAAGAGUCUGGCAUCCUGUCGCCCGCCUUCGAGGGUGAUGAGCCCAAGGACAAGCCCGCUGCGCCCAAGCGCAAGGUCAUGUACUACGCCGCGGGCAGCGGUAUACCCGAGAUCAAGACCAUUCUCUCUGGUUUCGUUAUUCACGGUUACCUCGGAGGGCGUACGCUGUUCACCAAGUCUGUCGGUUUGGCGUUAUCAGUUGCAUCCGGUCUAUCACUCGGCAAGGAAGGACCCUUCGUGCAUAUAGCAAGUUGCAUUGGGAACAUCGUCAGCCGAGUGCACAACAAGUAUGAGAACAACGAAGCUAAGAGGCGCGAGAUCCUGAGUGCAGCUUGCGCUGCAGGUGUAGCCGUUGCCUUCGGUGCACCCAUCGGUGGAACGUUGUUCAGUCUGGAGGAAGUCUCUUAUUUCUUCCCGCCGAAGGUUAUGUGGAGGAGCUUCUUUUGUGCCAUGAUCGCAGCCUUGACUUUGCGUACCCUCGACCCCUUCGGAACAGGCAAGCUCGUGCUGUUCCAGGUCACCUACGACAAGGACUGGCAUCUGUUCGAGCUCUUCCCCUUCCUCCUCCUCGGUGUCUUUGGCGGCGUGUACGGCGCCUACUUCUCCAAGCUCAACGUCCGAUGGGCCAAGUAUGUCCGCAACGGGACCUGGAUCAAGAACCAUCCCAUCAUCGAGGUCCUGCUCACGACCCUCAUCACCGCCUGCCUCUGCUUCCUCAACCCCUACACCCGCAUGGGCGGCACCGAGCUCGUCUACAACCUCUUCGCCGAGUGCCGCACCGGCUCCGGGAACACCCACUCCGGCCUGUGCGUCGUCGACCCGGGCGCCUUCGCCGCCGUCUGGCCCGUCGCGCGCGCGAUCCUCGUCGCCAUGGUCGUCAAGGGCGCGCUGACCAUAGUCACCUUCGGUAUCAAGGUCCCCGCGGGGAUCUUCAUCCCGACGCUCGGUGUGGGCGCGUGUGCGGGUAGGGUGCUGGGCAUUGCGAUGCAGUGGCACCAAAUGCAGAGUCCGGAGGGGCGGUUGUAUAAGGCGUGUGGUGGGGAUUUGGAUUGUAUAAUUCCGGGGCUGUAUGCGAUGGUGGGCGCCGCGGCGGCGUUGUCGGGUGUGACGCGCACCACCGUCUCCCUCGCCGUCAUCAUGUUCGAGCUCACCGACACGCUUACCUACGCCGUCCCCGUCAUGCUCGCCGUCCUCGUCGCCAAGACCGUCGCCGACGCCCUCGAGCCCAAGGGCAUCUACGACCUCGUCAUCGACGUCCAGCAGCUCCCGUACCUCGACGCCAAGCACACCUACCUCUGGGGCAACGUCCAAGUCGGGGAUGUGCUCCGCCGCGACGUCCCGGCGAUCAAGUUGGAUGAGAAGCAGACGGUGGAGUCGUUGAGGGAUAUGCUGGUGGAGGCGAGUGUGGGGGGCGAUGGGGAUGGCGGGUUCCCGAUUUUGAGGCGGGACGCGGAGAUGGAUGGGUAUAGGAUGGUGGGGUAUAUUGGGGCGAAUGAGUUGGAGCAUGCGUUGACCCUCGUCGCGGACAACCCCGACUCCGAGGUCCAGUUCACGCAAAACUGGGUGCACCACAGCUUGGCUGCGUCCUCAAUAUCGUCCCUUCUUGAGCACGGGGCCGGCGGUGCGACGCGCGAAUACGACCCCUUCGACUUCAGUCCGUACAUGGACCAGGCGCCGCUCUUGGUCGCGUUCAACUCGCCUCUGGAGCUCGUGCACCAGUUCUUCGUGAAGUUGGGCGCGCGUUACGUCGUGGUGACGGAUGCGGAUGGGCUGUACGAGGGCGUCAUCGACAAGAAGACCUGGCUCGCAUUCUUAAGCGAGCUUGAGGAGAAGUGAGGGCAGGGCAUAACGCAUCACCUUCAAUCACCCUGUUCUCUGGUCUCAUUGUGCUUUUUUUUCCUGGUUUACCCCACAUGCCUACCCGAACUCUUCCCUUCCCAUCGCAUCGCAUAGUAUCACAACAAUACCAUUUCUGGCAUCCCGGACCCCUCAAGCAAACUGCCACAAUACUACUCUAUCGUUAUUUCCACUGCGCCCCGUUGUUUCCAUUCACUCCUGUAACGACCAUGUCACGUUCAUAGGUACCUAUGUUAGGCCCUUCGGGUAAUAUACCAUUGCAUAUCAGGCCGUGAAAGUGUGC